AAACCAUGCAUCUGGUCAAGGGUGAAUAUCUACUCCACAGGGCAGCCUCACUGUGUGGAGGGCUGCCAAGAAGGGACAGUGCAUAGGAGUGUGACAAGACAUGACAGAGGACAAAAACCAAGGAGAGUGAAGUUGGGAAGAUGCAGAUGUGGACAAGAGACCUGUACUCAAAUAUCACCUCUUUGCCUAUAGCCUAUGCCUUCACGUUCUCCUAAAGCCCCACAGUUACAGUAGCAGGAAGCCCUUCGGAGGGAACUGUCAUUUUGCAGGCUAAAUCCUAUUAGCAGCAGCUGAGAGAGAAAAUACCAUGGUGGCUGGAUGGGUAGGGUACCAUAAUGUACAACAGGAUACAACAGAACAUUUCAUUUAGAAGAGACCAAUAAUAACUGUAUAGUACAACUGCCUGACCCCUUCAAGGAUGACCCAAAUUUAAAGUAAGUCAUUAAGGACAUUGCUCAAAUGCCUCUGGAACUGAUAGGCUUGGGGCAUUGACCACCACUCAAGAAAGCCUAUUCCAGUGUUUGACCACCCUCUCACUAAAGAAAUGUUUUCUCAUGUUAAGUCUGAACCACUCCUGAUGCAGUUUUGAAUCACUUCCCCAUGUCCUGUCACUGGAUCCCAGGAAGACUUUUAAAGGCAUGACAAGACAAACAGCCACAGUCAUGUGACACAGGUAACUGAGGGAGAGCUACAUGGAAAUGCAGAAGCUGAAAACAAGAAAAGGUAUUUCCUUUUUUCUCCUGACACCAUGUGCCUGCAGGGAUGGAAGGCCUGCUGUGACAACACUGGGAAGAAGAGGCUGAUGUCACUGACCUGUGGACUGUGACUUCACCGAGUGAUGGAUUGUGACCUCACUUUCCUCUCUGCUUAUCUUGGGGUGACUGGGAGUCUGAAUGCCUUUUGUACUGUCACCCAGGGGCAGAGGCUGAUGUCACCGAGCAGUAGACUGUGACAUCACGGGGAGAUGCAUUAUGACACUGCUUACAUUCAGAUAUUGGCAGAGCCUUCACCAAUCUGGCUCCAGCCUGAACUUCUACCAAGCAAGACUGUGAGUCCAAGAGGAUCAAGCCAGGUUUCUCCAGUGAGGACUGGUGCCUGCCACUGGCAGAUAUUGGUGCAGACCUGGAGCAGUCUAACUAGUGUUUCCCUGGCCCUGCCUGGUUCAGGUAGCCAGGCACUGCAGGUGCUGGCAGCAGUGAAGAUUGGCUCUGUGGGAAAACGUGCCCCCCAGGGGUGGCUGUGGUGUGGGUGACGGGGCUCAGGGAGCUGGAAGGAUGUCAUUCUUGAAGGGCCUGGACAUUUCUUCCUCCCCUUCCUGGGAGAGCCAGUGACCAUGGCUUCUCCCUCCUGUGACAUGUGGCACCAGUGAAGGCAAGCAGCUCCUGAUCCUAAGCUCUCCCCAGUGUGCUGCAGGACACAAAAAUGGCCACGGAGACAGACAGCAACUGCCCCAUUUGCCAGGACACUUGGAAGGAUGUGGCUUCUGCUCUGCCCUGUCACCACCAGUUCUGUCUGGGCUGUAUCCUGCGGUGGGCGCAGAGAAACCCAGUGUGCCCACUCUGCAGAAAAACAAUAGAGACCAUCCGGUUUUCUGACUUUGGAGAAGGAGACUAUCUGGAGACAGCCAUCACAGCCCCUGAGGAGCUGCCAGAUGGCAGCAGUAUGGCAGGGAGAGCUCCUGACACCCUGGCUGAGAACAGCCCCCAUCCCCCUGGGACAUCCCGUUCAUUUUCUCCACAGGAGACACUGUCGCAAGUAGAGCAGGAAGGUUCAGGCAGUAUCCUGCCGGAGGACUGGGCAGAACUUUUCCGUCAACAAGAGCAUCUCCUGGACCCUGUGCGGCCCUGGCUACGCCAGAGGCUGGAGGGAAUAUACCGGGGCUGGUGGUGGGUGGUAGAGACCAUAGAGAGCACCAUCCUGCAUGGCCUCUGUGUCUAUGGGCUGAAUGCAGAGGUCUUGAUUGAAGUGCUGGAGCUUCUCCUCCAGGAACACGCAGCACCACUGAUCCACAGUGCCAUCAACAUCAUUGUGGGCCAGUGCAGUGAGGAGGCCCAGAGACUGAUGUGCUCUGGUGCAGUCAGAGAUGAGAACAAUGGCCCUGUGGCCACAGCCAGCUCCAGCUCCAGCAGCUACAGCUACUCCAGGAGCUCCAGCUUCAGCAGCUCCAGCUCCAGCAGUUCCCGGAAGGGGACUCCUGCCAGCAGCCUCACAGGCUCUGACAUGGAGGAGGAACCUGCUACAACAGAGGCCUCCCUCCUGCCCAGGGCAGCAGCCACAGCCCCUCCGCUCCCAUCCAGGGCAGGGAGUGAUCGCCCGGGGAAUCCCAGCAUGCCCCAGACAGGAGGGCCCCCAGUUCCCAGGACUCUCUGCAACCCUGCAAGAGGCCGCCCCGCUGGCAGUGCUGGCAGGGCUCUUGCAAUUCUUUAUUCAAAGAAAAGGAAAUAAAUUAUUAUUUCCCUCA